AUGAAAUUCUCUUCUUCUCUGGCUUUGACAGCCUUCUUGACCGGCACUGCCCUUGCCGGCCCCCACGGCCAAGGCCUUAGAGCUCGGCGCUUCCAGGGCCCAGGCUGGCUAGGCGAAAUCGACAUUGACAGUCUCUCCGAAGCGCAAGCCGAGCAGCCCAGUGCCCAAAUCACGGCAGCUCCCCAAGCCAAAUCCAAGGCCAUCGCUCACAGCCAGGCCCAAUCCGAAGACAACUACAUAAUCAACGAGAACUGGGCGGGAGCAGUGCAGGAAACGGCUCCCGCAGCCAGCGCGACCUACAGCUACGUCGCAGCGACCUUCACCCUCCCCUCUGUGACGCCAACAGCCGCCUCAUCCUCUGAAACACAAGCUGUGUCCUUCUGGGUUGGCAUUGACGGCGCUACCUCCGGUGACGCUAUCUGGCAAGCCGGCGUCGACAUCUACGUGCAAAACGGUCAGCCCUCCUUCGCAGGCUGGUACGAGUGGUACCCAGCCAAUUCGGUGGAUAUUGACCUUGAGUUUAACUUCGGAGAUGUGGUCUUCACCAGUGUCGAGUCGACUUCGAACAGUGAGGGUGUGGCUGUUAUCGAGAACUUGACUACCGGCAAGAAUGCCACGGUUACUGCCUCUGCUCCGGCGGCGACUGCGACUUUGACUGGUCAGAACGCCGAGUGGAUUCUGGAGGAUUUGGCGGUUGACGGUGAUGGAUUGACGUUUGUGAACUUUGGUGAGGCUGCUUUUACUGGAUGCGUUGCUAAGGCGGAUGGUAAGGAGUACGGCCUUGACGGAUCAGCACUUUAUGCGGUUCAAGAUAGCUCGAGCAACACUGUUCAGGCUGUUCCGACUAUUGUUAGUGAUUCGGAGUUGAAGGUUACUUAUCAGUAA